AUGAGGAGAAUUUCAUGUCAUGUUAAGUGCCUCCAACCCAUGCGUUCAAACACUGGUUUCUCCGCAAACAACAGAAUCCAUGCCUCUCUCCCUCAAAACACCAAAUCUAAGGAAUUCUGUUCCAAUCUCAUUCCUGUUCUCCAAAAAGCUGACAAUGUCCAAUGUGGCCGUGUCUCCUGCACCCUCCCUGUCUUACCUGCUGUUGGCAGAAGAUCUCUGCCCUUAUCUCUUUUUAUUUUAUUGUCUUUUUUUUUCUUUUCUUCUUUUAAUUACCAAGAAAUGGGAUUGUUAAAGAAUUUGUUCUCUUUCUUGAUGGGGUUGUUGUACAAUUGCUUUAAUGGACUACAUGGAGGGGCUGCUGGCACUAUAGCAAAGAGAGUGUCCAUUGUGGCUGACGAUCUCUUGGUGUUGGUAGUUGAAGGGUCUUUAUUGAGGGGUGGAGAGAAUUUGACUGUAGUUGCAACUGAAUUCAGCAUCAAGCAAACCAGGAAAUUCUUCUAUGCUUCUCGUGCUACCUUCAAACGCAUGCCUGCUGCCAAGUGA